AUGUCUCUGUUUGGGGCGAAGCCGCAGGCGCAGGCGACGACGGGGGGCCUCUUUGGCUCCUCUUCUUCGACCGGCCUGGGCACGGGCUUGUUCUCUUCUUCCACUUCUUCUUCGCUUUUCCCGUCAACGCAGGCGCCCGCGACUUCUUCUCCCGCCCCGGCCGGCGGGCUCUUUGCUUCCUCCCCAGCCGCCGCGGCCUCUGCACCCGCCUUGGCUGCGCCCGCGGCUUCGUCGCUCUCCUCGCUGCCUCUGCACCAGCAGCAGUACGUGCAGGUGCUCGGCAUGCGCACGCAGCAGGCUGAGACGCUGCUAUCUGACGACAACUUGUCUAUGGUGAAUUUCCUGUACCAGUUCGACCCCACGCAUGCGGCGAGCCGCAAGAAUGCGCUCCUGGAGAACCAGCUGCAGGCAUUCGCGCUUCAGAACCCCGCCGAAGGCUCCACACUCCUGUCCAAGUGGAGGAAAGCCUCGACGAAGAACGCCGACCCUCAAAGCUGCCAAAUCAUCCCCAUUCGCGGCGUAAAGGAGCUCGCUGAGCGAGUCAAAAUGGCCGCCCAGGCCACCGAGCUGCUCGCCGAGACGCUCGGCACCGUCGCCAAAGACACUGAGAAACUCAUGGCGAGGAACCAGCAGAUGUGUGAAAAGUUGGACCUCGUCCGGCAGCGGCACACGUCGCUCAGCCACGAGUUCAUCAAAGUCGUCAAUUUAGUCGAAAACGUAGCUGUAAGCCGCGGCGUCGCGGAGAAGAACCCGCGGAGCGAGGCGGCCAACGCGCAAAUUCUCGCAUCUCUCGAGGAGGACUUCCCGUGGGAAGCGUGGCAGCGACGGAUCGACUUGCUGCGGGUGUGGCUUUCGACUCUCCAACGCACGAAUGCGGUCGCGACGGGCGCCCCGGCUCCCUCUGAAAGCGAGCAAGAGGGCAACUCUCUGCUUGACAAAGAGCAAGAAGAUGCGCUCGUUGAGAUUCUCUCUGCGCAGACCGAGGCAGUGGAGGCGACGACUCAGUGCCUGGGCAAUACUGAGCAAGAUGUGGAGCGGCUCGAGGCUGCGCUGGAGUGUCGGCGACGAAGGUCGGCAGACAAACACAGGCUCUAA